CGCUGUGCUCGCACUUCCAGGCCCUUGGGAGCUGCCUCAGCUCAGGGCCACAUGGCCAGUGAGGCGGGGCCUGGGGAAAACAGCGCUGCCGCCGCCGCCCAGCAGUCCUGGGGUGCCUUCCUGGCAGGAGGGGCACUUCAGCGGACAGGAGAGGUGGGUAGGCCUCAGUCGGUAGUUGGUGGCGCUGCUGGGGAGUGUACCACCAUCAGGGUGGAGGCCCUCCAGGAAGGCUCGGCCCCAGCGGAAACUGAGGCCGCUGGGCUUGGGGAGGCGUGGCUGCUGCUGAUGGAGGACGUCGUGGACGUGGUGGAGGUGGUGGCGGAGGAGCAGGUGGAGGAGUUUGAGGAGGAGGAGCAGGCUGAGGAGCGGGAGGAGAAGGCCCAGGAGCGGGACCAGCAAGAGCUCGGGGGGGCCCCCAUGCCCGCGCAGUCCCCACUGGAGGCACUGAAAGCGCUUCAGUUUGAGCUAGAGCCUGUGAAUAAGCAAGCUAGCCAGGCCUUCUCGCGGCUGAAGCUCAGGACAUGGCAGCGGCGGAAGCCACACCUAGAGCAGAGAAGCACCACCAUCCAGGGCAUCUCUGGCUUCUGGGUCAAAGUUUUUGUGAACCAUCCCCAGAUGUUGGCCAUGAUGAGUGACCAAGAUAAAGACAUGCUUCGCUACAUGACUAAUUUGAAGGUGGAGGAACUCAGGCAGCCGACUGAUUGCUGCAAAAUCAUGUUGUUCUUCCGGAAGAACCCCUAUUUCCUGAACGAAGUGAUUGUUAAGGAGUAUCUUGUUAACCUCAAUGGAUAUAAGGCAUGUCGUUUCACUCCCAUUCAGUGGAAGCAGGGUUUUGAACGUGAGGCUUACAGACGCAGACACCGCAACAGCGGCCUUAACUUCUUCAACUGGUUCUCUGACCACAACUUUGCUGGAUCUAGUGGGAUUGCUGAGAUCAUCAGUAAGGACCUCUGGCCCAACCCGCUGCAUUAUUACCUGAGGAGGAAGGCACUGGGAGAAGUUCCAGGGAGGAGGACAGGUGAGGAGCCCAGGGCCCCUGGUGCUGAAAUGAGUGUUGUCUGGAACUUUGCUCAUGGAGAAACCGAGUCUCAGAGGAAAUUCAGAGAGUGA